AUGCCUGGAGAAACAAUCACCCUUCAAGCAGGUCAGUGUGGAAAUCAAGUGGGACUUCAGUAUUGGCAUCAAUUAGCUCAAGAGCAUGGAAUACAACCAGAUGGAACUCCCUUAGCAUAUCCUAUAGAUAAUUCAUUAACGUAUCAACAAGAGGGUGAAGAAUUACCAUCGACUACUACCAAAUUUCGAGAUGAUAGACCAGAAUUAUUCUAUACCAUAUCUGAUACAAAUAAAUAUACUCCACGAUCAAUUUUAAUUGAUUUAGAACCUUCAGUAAUAAAUAAAUGUGCUAAUCAAUUACCAAUGUUUAAUCCUCGAAAUAUACAUUUAAGUGAACAAGGUAGUGGAGCAGCCAAUAAUUGGAAAAAUGGUUAUUCAUAUGGUGUAGAAUAUCAAGAAGAUUUAUUAAAUUUAAUCGAUCGAGAAAUGGAUAAAUGUGAUAAUUUAUCUAAUUUUCAAUUAAUUCAUAGUGUAGCUGGUGGUACAGGUUCAGGUGUAGGUUCAUUAUUAUUGGAAUUACUUCAUGAUAGAUUUGGUAAUAAGAAACUUAUUAAUACCUUUCUGAUAUUCCCAUCCAAUGAAAAGACAAGUGAUGUUGUUGUACAACCAUAUAAUACAGUAUUAACUUUAAAAAGAUUAAUUGAUUUUAGUGAUUCAUCAUUUAUUUUCCAUAAUGAUUCCUUAAAUAGUAUUGAAAAUUUACUACUUAAUAACUAUAAUAAUUCAAGAAAGACUGAUGAAGUAUUUGAAAGUACAAAUAAAUUAAUUUCUUAUGUACUAGCAUCAGUUUCAAAUCCUUUAAGAUUUCCGGGAUAUAUGUAUAGUUCUAUUGAAAGCAUAUUUUCUACAUUAAUCCCUACUCCAAAUUUAAAAUUUUUAACUACAUCAAUUGCUCCAUUUAAUAAUUCUUUAAAUGAAUAUGAUAUGCUUUUAGAAUUAUUGAAUGAUAAGUAUAAAAUGAAUCGAGUUGAACAAACCAAAUAUAUAAGUGUAUUAAACUACAUAAUUGGACAAAAUCUCGAUCAACAAGAAAUACGUAAAGGUAUAAUAAAAUCUCAAAAUCGAAUAGAUUUUGUACCGUGGACUUCAAAUUCAAUUCAAUUAGUUCAUGGUAAAAAAUCUCCAUUUAUAAAGACAAAUUCCAAAUUAAGUGGGAUUCAAAUAUCUAACAAUACAUCGAUUGUUCCUGUAUUUAACAAAAUCUUGAGACAGUAUGAUUUAUUAGCUAAAAGAGAAGCCUAUUUAAAUUCCUAUGUGGAAUCUAACGAUAGAGUAGAAAGGGCACGGGUGCUUGAUUCAUUCAAUGAAUGUCGUGAAACCAUUGCCAGUGUUGUUGAUGAAUACAAGUCGUGUCAAUUGGAUAGUUAUCUUGAUGAUGACAUCUUGCAAGAAGACGAAAUUAUGUAA